UGUGUACGUCUGUUGACUUUUGUCGUUUGUUCCUCUUUUUUUAUUUUUUAUUUACACAUAUAUAUACCUACACACAUCUAUACACAUGCAUAUCAUGUAUAUAUAUUUUAUGUAUAUCACUAAUUAUGUUUUCAUUUUCUGAUCUAAACCCUCCGUAACACCAUGGUAUCUGUGUGAUGCCGUUCUAGCUUAUCCUCGUAUCUUAUUGUUUUGCAGAAAAAAAAGAAACCUUUUCCCAAAACGUUCCGUUUUGAUUACAACUCUAUUGGACCUUUCUGUAGAUGUCUGCUUAAAUUAUAUCCAAAGUAUUCGUUUGCAAAAUUAUCCACUUCAUUAGUUCCGAAGACACAAACACAGCUGUAUGACUACAUAGAGAGAAAUUUUUAUUUAACCUCCAACCACUUUAGCCUGGAACAGACUCUAACUAUCUUUCAUGAAGUUUUCCUGUUUGUCUUCUUUGUUUAUUAUUCAUUAAUGUUACUCAGCUUCAGAACUCCUCCCAUGCUUUUACCUUCAUCAAUGGUGAAUCUUCUUUGGUUUUUAACCCUACACUAUUAUUGAUGGUCUACCAUCAAUAAUUUUUCAGUCAUUAACAACUGAUUUUUAAAGAUGUCUUUCUUCAUUAUCUCUUGAAUAAAAUGCUUAACAAACUGCUACAGAGCAAUGAAGGGACCUUAUGACCCAGAGAUGUGACUUCGUAAGGAAUGUUUUGAUUAUUCUUACACAUAAUUGAAGAAUGAGGGAGCGUCUAUGGAGUCAAAAUAGCAGCCAUAUCACUUACAAAUCACACCUUAAAAAACAAAAACAAAGAGCAUAUUGAAUAAUGUAGCCCUUGAUACAUUAUUGCUGAAAACAAAACAGCGUGGACACAUCUUGAAAACUUUUGAUCAGAGGUCAACUUAUUUAGGGCUGACCUAGAGCUAAACAACAAUAGUAACAACAACAACAUCAUGAUGAAGUACACACUGGAGAACUGUUCAAGUUCUGAAUAUUCCAAGCUCAUGUAUUCUCUCCAGUCUAUGUAUGCCUUAGGAAACCAGUUCAGUUAUGAUCUAUGCAAUAAAGUAUUCCUCUCAAGAGACCCACAUGUUGCUGCAAGUGGGUUAUACAGCCAAAAACCUGCCAAACUUAACCAGCCUGGACAAAUCAACAACAACAAUAACAGCAACAGCUGCAACAACAACAACAACAACAACAAUAACAACAACAACAACAACAGUAACAAUAAUGGCAUGCCUAGCACCGGUAAUAAUAUUCCAUCUGCAGGAAUCUCUAUAAACGCAACCUCACAGAAACCUUACAAGUGCGAAAUCUGCCGUAAGGGCUUUGCACGCAGAACUAAUCUUGACAAUCAUGAACGGGCACCAGCUGAUGAAAAGCAUUUUUAUUGUGGCCACUGCAGUAAGGCAUUUUCACAGCGGGCUCACCUAAAAACUCAUCAGAUGACACACAGUGGUGAGAAACCAUAUAGCUGUGAAUUCUGUAAUAAAACCUUUGCCCAACGGGCAAAUUUUGACAAUCACCGACGCACCCACACUGGUGAGCGGCCUUUCCAUUGUGAAUUCUGUGACAAAUGCUUUUCACAGAGAGCAAAUCUGGAUAGUCACAUUCGCACCCAUACAGGUGUGAAGCCUUAUGCUUGCACUACGUGUUCCAAGUCAUUUACGCAACAGACAAACCUGAAGAAUCAUGAACGCAUCCAUACUGGGGAGAAACUGUAUGAGUGCAAUAUAUGCAGCAAAGCUUUUUCACAGCAAAUCAAUUUGAAAACACAUUAUCGUAUACACAGUGGUGAACGGCCAUAUGUUUGUACCUACUGCCCUAAAGCAUUUGCACAACAAACAGACUUGAAGAAUCAUGAACGAACUCACACAGGUCAAAAACCUUACAUUUGUACUGUGUGCUGCAAGUCAUUUGCUCAGCAAGGAAAUCUGAAAGUGCAUUUCCGAACUCACUCUGGUGAAAAACCAUACAGCUGCGAUUUGUGCAGUAAGUCUUUUUGCCAGAAAGCAAAUCUCGACAGUCAUCGCCGAAUUCAUACUGGAGAGAAACUGUUUCAAUGUCCAGAGUGCAGUAAAAGCUUCACACUAAAUAUCAAUCUUAAAAAUCAUAUAAGAACUCAUACGGGAGAAAAACCAUUUGUUUGUCAGUUCUGCACUCGAGGAUUUUCUCAACAAACAGACCUCAAAAAUCAUGAACGUACACACACAGGUUUAAAACCAUAUGUCUGUAUAGUUUGCAGGAAAAGCUUUGCUCAGCAAGGAAAUCUAAAAAUUCACAUGAGGACUCAUUCUGGUGAAAGACCAUACAGUUGUGAAUUCUGCCCAAAAUCUUUCUGUCAGAGAGCAAACUUGGACAGUCACAGGCGUACACAUACAGGAGAACGUCCAUUCAAGUGUGAUUUAUGUGAUAAAUCCUUCCCCCAAAGAGCAAAUUUAGACAGCCACCGUCGAACACACACUGGAGAAAAGCCUUUCUCAUGUGAGUUGUGUUCAAAGUCAUUCUCACAGAGAGCUAACUUAGAUAACCACAGACGAACACAUUCAGGUCAAAAGUCAUUUCAUUGUCAAUUUUGUGAAAAGUCUUUUGCACAAAAGGCUAAUCUGAAAAAUCAUUUACGCACUCACCACAAUUAUGAAAUGCCAUUCUCAGACUCUAAUAGUUCUAAUGUAUCACAGAACUGUCUUAAUCUAUCAUCAGCAACUGACAUGCGCAGAAAUUCCCUCCAACAGACAAUGAUAUCCAAUGGACAAUCAAAACAGUCAAAAGCUAAAAAUUCCCACAAGGAGCGCCAAGAGAACUUCCCAUCAAAUCAGCCACUUUCCUCUACUUCAGCCCUUUGUCUCCAACCACCUGCUAUUGGAUCUCCAUGGGUGAACUCUUCCUACUUGUCCCAGAUGCCACAAACUUGGGAUAGCAAUUAUUUCUGGUCAAGACCAUUUUCAAUCCCACACUUAACAGGUUCUGGUGGAGAUUGGACCAAUUCACCUGGUUCUUCGGCUUCACAAUUUGGUGGAGAUAGCAGUGGUGGUGGUGGUGGUGGUGGUGGUGCCAAAUAUUCUAAUGAUUCCUUGACAACAGAAAGCCUAACAUCUUUCAACAAAGGUCAUCAAGUUCAGUUCUUCAGCUUUUCCACAGAAUCUUUUAAACUUCAAGCAUGA